UUCCUUCCUUCCUUCCUUCCUAGUCCUCCUGCCUUCCUCCCCUUUUUCCCCGCCCGGCCUACCCCUCCCCCGCGGCCCCCUCCCUGGAGGGAUAAUAUGGUCUCCGGCGAUGGACGCCCCAAGUGCAGGAUGCGCCUUUGAGUACCUUAUUGAAACAUUAAAUGACAGUUCACAUAAGUUCUUCAAUAUACCUAAACUUGGAGGCACCAAGUAUGAUGCUCUGCCUUACUCAAUACGGGUCCUGUUGGAAGCUGCUGUACGAAAUUGUGAUGGUUUUUUAAUGAGAAAGGAAGAUGUUAUGAACAUUUUAAACUGGAAAACCAAACAAAGCAAUGUUGAAGUGCCCUUUUUUCCUGCCCGUGUUCUUCUUCAAGAUUUUACUGGAAUACCGGCAAUGGUGGAUUUUGCUGCUAUGAGGGAGGCAGUGAAAACCCUUGGAGGUGAUCCUAAGAGAGUCCAUCCUGCCUGUCCAACAGAUCUCACAGUUGACCAUUCUUUACAAAUUGACUUCAGUAAAUGUGCAAUACAGAAUGCUCCAAAUCCUGGAGGCGGUGACCUGCAGAGGGCAGGAAAGCUCUCUCCACUUAAAGUGCAGCCUAAGAAGCUUCCCUGCAGAGGCCAGACCACCUGCCGAGGAUCGUGUGAUUCUGGAGAACUGGGCCGAAACUCAGGAAAAUUUGCCUCACAGAUUGAGAACACACCCAUUCUGUGUCCUUUUCAUUUGCAACCAGUGCCUGAACCUGAAACAGUGUUAAAAAAUCAAGAAGUAGAAUUUGGCAGAAAUCGAGAGAGGCUUCAAUUUUUCAAGUGGAGUUCAAGAGUUUUUAAGAAUGUGGCUGUAAUCCCUCCUGGAACUGGAAUGGCACACCAAGUGAACUUAGAAUAUUUGUCGAGAGUGGUUUUUGAAGAAAAGGACUUCCUCUUUCCAGACAGUGUAGUGGGCACAGAUUCUCAUAUAACCAUGGUGAAUGGUUUGGGGAUUCUGGGAUGGGGGGUUGGAGGCAUUGAAACAGAAGCAGUUAUGCUUGGUCUGCCAAUUUCUCUUACUUUACCAGAGGUGGUUGGAUGUGAGUUAACUGGGUCAUCAAAUCCUUUUGUUACAUCCAUAGAUGUUGUUCUUGGCAUUACAAAGCACCUCAGGCAAGCAGGAGUGGCUGGGAAGUUUGUUGAGUUUUUUGGCAGUGGAGUUUCACAGUUAUCUAUAGUUGAUAGAACUACAAUAGCAAACAUGUGCCCAGAAUAUGGUGCUAUCCUCAGCUUCUUCCCUGUUGACAAUGUGACAUUAAAACACUUAGAACAUACAGGUUUUGACAAACCCAAACUAGAGUCAAUGGAAACAUACCUUAAAGCUGUGAAAUUGUUUCAGAAUGACCAUAAUUCUUCAGGAGAACCUGAAUACUCCCAGGUGAUUCAGAUUAAUCUGAAUUCAAUAGUUCCAUCUGUCAGUGGUCCAAAAAGACCUCAGGAUAGAGUUGCUGUGACAGAUAUGAAAAGCGAUUUUCAAGCUUGCUUAAAUGAGAAGGUUGGAUUUAAAGGCUUCCAAAUUGCAGCUGAAAAACAAAAUGAUACCGUCUCUAUUCAUUAUGAAGGAAGUGACUAUAAGCUGUCUCAUGGGUCUGUGGUCAUUGCUGCAGUUAUCAGUUGUACCAAUAACUGCAAUCCAUCUGUCAUGCUUGCUGCAGGUCUCUUGGCUAAAAAGGCUGUUGAAGCUGGCCUGUGUGUUAAACCUUAUAUCAGAACAAGCUUAUCUCCAGGCAGUGGGAUGGUUACACAUUACCUCAGUUCGAGUGGAGUAUUACCAUAUCUAAGUAAGCUUGGAUUUGAAAUAGUUGGCUAUGGAUGUUCAACAUGUGUGGGAAAUACAGCACCCCUAUCAGAAGCAGUUUUAAAUGCAGUAAAGCAGGGUGAUUUGGUUACUUGUGGAGUUUUAUCUGGAAACAAAAAUUUUGAAGGUCGUCUUUGUGAUUGCGUUCGUGCCAAUUACCUUGCCUCUCCACCUUUAGUGGUCGCUUAUGCCAUAGCAGGCACCGUGAACAUAGAUUUCCAGACCGAGCCUCUAGGUACUGACCCUACUGGCAAAAGUAUUUACCUUCAUGAUAUUUGGCCUAGUCAAGAAGAAGUCCAUCAGGUGGAAGAAGAACAUGUGAUAUUAUCCAUGUUUAAAGCAUUGAAAGGGAAAAUAGAGAAGGGAAAUAAACGGUGGAAUUCCUUAGAAGCACCGGAUUCAGUUUUGUUUCCGUGGGAUUUAAAGUCCACUUACAUUAGAUGUCCUUCAUUUUUUGAUAAACUUACCAAAGAGCCAGUUGCACUUCAGCCUGUUGAAAAUGCCCACGUCUUAUUAUAUUUGGGAGAUUGUGUCACAACAGAUCAUAUAUCACCUGCUGGAAGCAUUGCCAGGAGUAGUGCUGCUGCUAAGUAUUUGACCAACAGAGGCCUUACCCCUCGUGAAUUCAACUCUUACGGAGCCCGAAGAGGUAAUGACGCUGUGAUGACAAGAGGCACUUUUGCAAAUAUCAAGCUUUUUAAUAAGUUUAUUGGAAAACCAGCCCCUAAAACAAUUCAUUUUCCAUCAGGACAGACGCUAGAUGUUUUUGAGGCUGCAGAGCUGUACCAGAAAGAAGGUAUCCCACUGAUUAUUUUAGCAGGAAAGAAAUAUGGAUCAGGAAAUUCAAGAGACUGGGCUGCCAAAGGACCCUAUUUGCUGGGUGUGAAAGCUGUUCUGGCUGAAAGUUAUGAAAAAAUUCACAAAGAUCAUUUGAUUGGAAUUGGCAUAGCUCCACUUCAGUUCCUUCCGGGAGAAAAUGCAGAUUCCUUGGGCCUUUCUGGCAGAGAAACAUUUUCUUUAACAUUUCCCAAAGAACUGUCUCCUGGAAUUACAUUAAAUAUAAAGACAAGCACUGGAAAAGUGUUCAGCGCAAUUGCUUCCUUUGAAAACGAUGUGGAAAUAACGUUAUACAAACAUGGAGGAUUAUUAAACUUUGUGGCACGAAAAUUCUCAUAGUAUCUACUCACCGUGGAGACCUUUCGUAACUGAUAAGUGCAAAGGUGUUUGUGCUGGACCCAGGCGUCCUUACCAUGGAGCUGCAGACAGUCUCAGUAUGCCCACUUAUCCAUGGAUGUAAAUGAUUGUGAAUCAACGUAGUGACUGAAAUGAAAUCUUCUUGAUUUUAAAUAAUAAACGAAUGGUGCUAUUAACAUUGCUAAAAUCAAUGUGUGAAGUGUGUUGUGGAAGAGACCUGUAAGUAUUGUGGGGGGGGGAUAUUUUAUCAGGCCAUUUUGUAAAUAAAGGCAGAAUUUGAACUUGCUGUUGAAGAUUCUUACAUGAGUAACUUUGCUGAAGUUGUUUGUUUAGUUUUGCACCUAUAAAACUGUGUACUACUGUUUGUUGGUUUAAGAGUUGCAGAUUGAAAUACAAAAAGUCAGAUUAGACUCUAAAAUUGUAGAAGUUGGAAACUGAUUUAUAAAUGGACUUUCUGGAUAUAUUUCUUUUCAGAAUUGAGCUGGCCUUCUUAGUUUGUAAUAUAAACCAGGGAUAUAACCUACCCCAGAUCACAAUCAUUCAUCCAGUCCAGUCAAGGUUUCCUCCGCAUCUGAAGAUGGACCAUUACAGAAUACCACUGAUCGUGUGGCAUCGAUGUACUAACAGUGGAAAUACAUAUUGCAUAUAUUACAGCCCUUGAUUUUUCGGUAAUUUGUUAUUGUGACCCUCUGGCAAGCCUCAGAUGGCACUAUAUUACUUGGAUUAGAUUAUUUUGCUCACUUUAUGGGAUGCUGUAACUUCUUAUGGCAUAUUUUAGGUAUCAUUAACCAAAAUUCCACACUAGUUUUACAGUUGCUAACGAGAACUUUAAACUCUAGAAUGAUUUCAUCUAGACUUUUAAAUUAUCCACUCUGUAUGAUUGCUCAGCCCUAAGCAUUUUUAGGUUUUUAUGAUUUCUUAAUUAUUGAAGUUGAUUUCCUGUCAUUUUGAGUCAUCAUUUUACCUGGGAUGUAUGAGUCUUUUAAUCAUGUUAUAACCAAAGCUGACCAUCAGGAUAAAACACUUAAGUUGUUGCUGUUUGAGUACCGUAUUUUCUUAAUAUGCAUGUCAGUUCACCACAUUGAAUGUUCUGUCAACAAGAAGUUUGUCAACUCCUAAGAAAAAGGUUGGAUAAUUAAUUCAGAAGGCUCUAUACCUUCUUUUAAUUAAGAAAUUGAACUUAGCAGGCAAAAGGUUAAUUGUAGUGAUUUGUUUUUCACAUGCAGUUAUCUGCAUGACCUAGUUACUGCAAUUGAGAAUUUGCUCACAUCGCACAGAGUAAAGAAGUAUUUCUUUUAAGCUAAAACCACCAAACCAGUGGGUAAAGACCACUGAGAACUUUGCACAUUAUCAAUUAUACAAUCUUUUCAAAAUACUUUCCAAAUAUGUGUUCAGACAAUAAGAUGGACUACAGUUUGACAAAACUACUUCCCCUCUUUUUAAAAAUUUUUGUAAAUAUUUUCUUUGGUACCUUCAAAUCAUAUUGUGUUCUUUUCAUUUUGUUAUGCUACUGUGUAUCUUUCAGUGCAGGUGUUUUUUACUUACAUGAAAACAUGAAUUAGAGAUGGAGAAUUUACAAGUUAUAUGUUAAAAUACCUAUUAAGUACAUUGAAGAAAUGCUAAUUCCAGAUUGUGUUGGGGGGAAAAAUCUAUUAUUUUGAAACCAUACCGUAUAUUAGCAGAGGCACGAGCAUUAUCAUAAACAGACAAUCCAGGAGAUGAAGCUGAUGAAAAUAGGUAGCUGUGGAUUAAGUAUUUACAUUUCCAGUCUACCUAGUCCAGUCGCUGUCAUUAGCAACUCUUGUAUUUCAGGAACAAAAUCAAGGUUCUCUUAAUCUUCUAUACAAUGAAAUGAAAGUUUAAUAAGCAUGGUUCUCAAUUUGGGGAAGAGUCAUGGUUGUAUGUCCCAGUGUGUACAUUAGAAUUCUGCUUCUAGCCAAAUGCUGUGUUUGCAAAAACGUAGCAUAUGUUGGUCUGUAUUUUACUUACCUCCUUUGUUGACUAUAGCAGAGUAAUUUUGUGUUACAAAAUAAUCAAAAAUAUUGUUUAAAAAUCACAAAUAUUGUUGAAAGGAAGUAUAAGAGGCACAUUAAGAGAAGCAAAUCGGUGUUGGGGACUUAAAGUACAAUUUCAAAAGUCAUUAUCAACGGCAUGUUUUUCUUUUUUCUUUUAAAAAGCAUUGUGCUACAUACCAUGCCAAAUUUCAUGCCCUUGAAUUUUGCUAUUCCUAUAAAAUGAAAUCUGAAAGUGUCAUCCAGCCACUGAGUUGCUACAAUUAUACCUAAAAUAUUUCCAAGAUGACAGUUGUCAUUAUCUCCUGUUUUAUUAUACCCAAGCUCACGCUAGAAUGAGACAUAUCAGAGUCCCUUUAGCUAGAUAGCUCGGUUUUUCACUGGUAAGCAAACUGCAGUGGAAUUAAAGUAAAGCAAGGACCUAAAUCAGAGUCUUCGUUGUUUGCAUAUAUGGUAAUGGUGUUGUGCAUUCUCGGUGAUGAGUGAUAGAAUAAGGAGAAAUUAUUUGACUGGCAUUUUGCUGUGACUGAACUAAAAGACACUUUCCUUUUGCUUUUAGGUUUAGGAUAAGGUACUAAGGUACUGGAUGUUGACCCUAUCUUAGUUUGAUUUGGAGUAACAGAGAGGGGAAUGGAAUGAACUUUUCAAUUUUUUUUUUCCCUAAAGUAUGAUAGUACCAAUAUUUCUAUCAGUUUCACACAUAAUAUGUGGCUGUGAAACCAUAUUUCUCACUUAAGUAACUACAAAUCAUUGUUUAUUAUUUAAAGCCAACAAAACAGUGUAACAGUUUUAAGUUCAAUAAUGUUAAGUAUUGUAUAGAAAUAUAUUGGAGGCAGAGUUCAGUUGAUGACAAUUGUGUAUGUUACUGAUGCUGUAAAUUAUUUUUAAUAAAUAAAAUUGUAUUAUCACAUAUUGAUUCUUGGUAUAAAAUAUUUUGUGGUAAUUGAAAAUAAAACACCAUAACUUAAAAAAGAAA